AUGGCCCCCUCCCACCACCAGAUCGCGAUCAGCCCGAGCCCAGAGCCAUACUCGGACUCGGACCAGGCGAGCAGCAGCAGGACGGCGCGCAACGGACGCAACGAGACCCAGCUCAGCCAGGAUGACCUGCUCACCGGAUCACAGCAGCCCCUCUUCAUCCCAGUCGACCAGGACGCUCGCUCGCUCAACUCCACCCACGGCUUCAUCGACCACCGCCCCCUCCUGCCCCGCUCCUUCCACGAAGCCACGCCCCCCAGACCGAUCAGCGACCCCAGCCAUGCCCGCCGAGCCAGAGAGGCCGACAGCCCGCCCUUCUCGACGGGAUCGAUCAUCAGCCACCACUCCGCCUCCCCCCGGCCCUCGCCGGCGGAGGAAGACGUCUGCUUCCCCAGCCUGCCCGACGACCGGCCCCUGCUCGCCCCGCGCCACCCCUCCAUGGCCUCCCACCAGCCCCCCGAGGCCGGCCAGGGCGCCUCCUCCGCCGGCUUGCUCCCCCACUUCCCCUUCCCGUUCAACUUCCAGGCCCUCGAGGAGUUCGCCCAGGCCGAGCGAGAGACCCUGCACCAGCCCGGCUUCCGCGACACCCCGCUCGCCCGGCCCGCCAGAGCCGACCCCGACCCCUUCCUGCCCUCGCCCGACGACGAGCUCGACGAGCCGACAACCCCCGCGGCCAGGGACGGCCUGAUACUCAGCGAAAGCCUGCGGCCCAUCAGCGCCUCCAAGCGCAAGCUGGCCCUCUUCGAGGGCGCCGUCGGCGGGCUCGGCGCCCUCAGCCUCGGCUCCCAGACCGACGGCUCCGCGAUCACCGGCCUCUCCAACAACAAGGACCCCCGCAAGCCCCGGCCCUUCCGCUUCUCCUUCUACUCCAACGCCCUCCCCUCCACCAUCCAUGCCCGCAGUCUGGCCGAGAUCCCCGGCGAGGGCCAGAGCUUCGAGGACCUCUUCGUCGGCCACCCCGCCCCCUCCGACACCCCCAUCCCCCAUCACCAGCAACAGCAGCCCUUCCUCGACAUCGACCCCCGUCCCCUCCCCCGCCCCGCCCCCUUCUCCGCCCCCGACGACCCCCUCAUCCCCCCCACUGCACCCGCCCACCACGAGACCAAGGCCGCGGGCAAGCAGAGACCCGCCGGCGUCGUCCGGACCGACGAGGACGCCGAGGCGUCCACCUGGUGGCUCGACGUCCUCUCGCCCACCGACGCCGAGAUGAAGCUGCUCUCCAAGGUCUUCGGCAUCCAUCCGCUCACCACUGAGGACAUCCAGAUGGAGGAGGCCCGCGAAAAGAUCGAGCUCUUCCGCAACUACUAUCUCGUCUGCUUCCGCUCGUUCGACCAGGACCCCUACUCGCCCACCUACCUCGAGCCGCUCAACAUCUACAUCAUCGUCUUCCGCGAGGGCACGCUCUCCUUCCAUUUCCGGGCGACGCCGCAUGCGCAGAACGUGCGUCGGCGGAUCAAGCAGCUCAAAGACUACAUCAACGUCACCUCCGACUGGAUCUCGUAUGCGCUGAUCGACGACAUCACGGAUGCGUUUGGCCCGCUGAUCCAGGGGAUCGAGUACGAGGUGGACUCGAUCGACGAGCUCGUGCUCAUCCUCAAAGACGUCGAGCAGUCCGACAUGCUCCGGCGGAUCGGCACCUGCCGCAAGAAGGUCAUGGGCCUCCUCCGCCUCAUGGGCAACAAGGCCGACGUCGUCAAGGGCCUCGCCAAGCGCUGCAACGAGAACUGGAGCGUCGCGCCCAAGUCCGACAUCGGCCUCUAUCUCUCCGACAUCCAGGACCAUCUCGUGACGAUGACCCAGAACUUGAACCACUACGAGAAGAUCCUCUCGCGCUCCCACUCCAACUACCUGGCCCAGAUCUCCAUCGAGAUGACCGAUGCGAACAACCAGAUCAACGACGUCCUGAGCAAGCUCACCGCCCUCGGCUCCAUCCUCGUCCCCAUGAACCUCGUCACCGGGCUGUGGGGCAUGAACGUCCAUGUCCCCGGCCAGGACGUCGCCGAGGGGUACGCCUGGUUCAUCGCUAUCGUCUGCGCUCUCGUGUCCUUCGGCGUCGUCGGCGCUUGGCUCACUCUCCGAUACUUCAAGUUCUCAAACCAUUGA